AAGAACAAAGAAACAUACUAGCCAAGCUGUUAGAUUCAAUUUUAAGUGUUUUUUACCAAUUAUAUUUGCAUAAAGAUGACAUCGACAGCUACUAAAAGAAGCCGUGCCACACCCGAGCAGCUAAAUCGUAUGCUUGACUACCUAAUGGAAGUCCCGUGUCUAGCAGGAUCUAGGUUCCACAGCCUCCAUGGUAAGUUCGAAUGCGACAAAAAGUGGAGCGAGCUAGCAACAAAGUUAAAUAGUCUGGAUGGAGCAGUGAAGACAGCCAAUCAAUGGCGCAGGGUAUGGCGGGACUUAAAAAGCCGCACCAGCAUCAAAGCACGAAAUCGGCGAAUGCAACCAGCUUUAACUGGAAACAGGCCUAUCAGUGAGGAGCCCCUAACGGAAUUCGAGAGGCGGGUGUCUGCUCUUAUAGGGGAAGAAUAUAUGAAUGGGCACGAUUCAACAGCUGAAAAUAUUCCACUAGAGGAGGUAAUCCAAAUGGGUAUCGAAGUGGAAGAUGAAAGCAUGAUUUCGGAAGCCCCGUCGCCUUUACGGACGCCACUUGCAGAAAAUUUCACGCUGAGGUCAGGUAAUUCGCACAUCUCAGACAGGAGAACACCACGGGCGAACUUGAAAAGAAAGCGCAUGGAAGAAGACGGUGAUGCUCGGAAGAAAUUUUUGGAUAUAGCAGAAAAACAGGCAGAUGCACUAAAGAUCUUAGCCGAAAGCAGCUCUGCAAGUGCCCAGGCGAAUAAAAUGAUGGCGGAGGCAAUAGCCGUGUUGGGGAAUGGUUUAAGCGCUACCGCGGAAGCAUUCAACAAUCUAACGCCAAUCAUAAGCCAAAUACUCAAAGGACAUACUCGCGCUUUUUAA